UUCCAGGUGCGGCCUCACCAGCACCGAGAUAUGUCUGCCUAUGUGAAAAAAAUUCAAUUCAAGUUGCAUGAAAGCUACGGUAAUCCUUUAAGAGUUGUCACCAAACCGCCGUAUGAAAUCACCGAAACAGGCUGGGGUGAAUUUGAAAUAAUCAUUAAGAUAUUUUUCAUUGAUCCAAAUGAAAGACCUGUAACCUUGUAUCACUUGCUGAAGCUUUUUCAGUCUGAUACCAAUGCCAUCCUGGGAAAGAAAACUGUAGUUUCUGAAUUCUAUGAUGAAAUGAUAUUUCAAGAUCCUACUGCAAUGAUGCAGCAGCUCUUAACAACGUCUCGUCAGCUAACGCUAGGUGCUUAUAAGCAUGAAACAGAAUUUGCAGAUCUCGAAGUGAAAACCAGGGAAAAGCUGGAAGCUGCCAAAAAGAAAACUAGUUUUGAAAUUGCUGAGCUUAAAGAAAGACUAAAAGCAAGUCGUGAAACCAUCAACUGUUUAAAGAAUGAAAUCAGAAAACUUGAAGAAGAUGAUCAGUCUAAAGAUAUGUGAUGAGUGUUGACUUGAUAAAGAGCCUACACUGAAAAUGGAGGAACUUCAAUCAUGGAAUUGUAUGUGUUCUCUUGAAUUCCGUAACUGAGGCUACGUGAAUUUCACUUGCAAAUGAUCGAAGUGUGUGGCAAUU